GUCAAUUUGAUGUUGCUGCUUUCGUUGCUUUCGUGAAUACAUAUAUAGUCAUCUGUGUUUACGGCAAGGAAUCCAAAACACCGUAGAGUUUCCAUCUGUACCCUCAUUAUUAUUGUUGUUGUCAUCAGCCUUUCAUUGUGACGCUCUGUGCCAUCUACUGAUCGUGUUCGUCAGCGUUGCACCGUCGUCGACACCCGUUGAAAGAAACACAAAGCGCGCUCUACCGCGAGUUCAGCCAUAUCUUUUCGUUGCUGGCGUCGACGGACUUCGUUGUCGUUCUAUAUCCCUCUUUCUCUGAAGGUCAUCGUACGCACGAGCCCAGCGGCACUUCUUGCCUUUUCGCUGCCGCUGUUGACGCAUACACGGAGGAAUAUGGGCAACCAAGAUCGCGAAGGCGCCGGCCAAGCCGAGACGCACAACACCCUUCAGGAAAACCACGACCCCGUCACCGAGCCGCGCACACCGGAGUGUCCAGCAAAGCAAACAGAGACAGGGGCACCGUUGCCGCAGGCGCCGACCUCGAUGAGCCGUCCUGAAAAGCCAAACUACGGCGGCAUCACCGGCAACGGCAGCCUGUUUCAAAUAAACCCCGACAAGUACGCGAAGUUGGUGAAGCAGGAAGAAAAGUACCGCACGUUAGCGCAGAAGAUCAUGGAUCGGUGCGGCAUCACCAUCGGCGGGGACCGCCCCUUCGACCUGGUGGUGCACAACCCCCUCUUUUACCGCCGUGUGAUCAACAAGGGCAGCGUUGGUCUGGGGGAGUCCUUCAUGGACGGCUGGUGGGACACGCGUGACUUCUACGCGCUGGACGACUUUUUCAAGCGCAUCUUGGAAGGUGGGCUGGAGUACUACUUUCCGAACAACGCGAAGGACAUGGCGAACGUGCUCAAGGCGAAGAUGUUCAACCCGCAAACCAAAUCGAAGAGCAAGAAGGUCGGGAUGCAGCACUACGACAUCGGGAAUGAGUUCUUCAGCAACAUGCUGGGGCCCAGCAUGCAGUACAGCUGUGCGUACUGGGAGCGCCACAUCGGCGACGCGGCCGGCAACUCCGUAGAACCCGUCGCGACGCUUGACGAAGCGCAGCAAGUGAAGCUGCACAUGCUCGGGGAGAAGCUGAAGCUGAAGCCUGGGAUGGAGGUGCUGGACGUGGGCUGUGGGUGGGGCGCGUUGGCCAGCUACCUCAGUCAAACCUACAACGUACGCGUGACCGGCAUUACCAUCUCGGAGGAACAGCGGAGGAGCGCUGCGGCGCGGAACAAGGACGACCCUCGCGUAACAAUUCUCAAGCAGGACUACCGCGACACCAAGUUCAGCCGCAAGUUUGAUCGCAUCGUUAGCGUCGGCAUGUUCGAGCACGUCGGCCCGAAGAACUACAGCACCUUCUUCAAGCACAUGCGUCGUUUGUUGAACGACGCCGAUCGCGACGCCGUGUUUCUGCUGCACACGGUCGGCAGCAACAUCACGAAGGACAGUGCGGAUCAGUGGUACCUCAAGUACAUCUUCCCUGGGGGCUGUCUGCCGAGCAUUUCCAGAAUUGGCAAGACGAUUGAGAACCAGUUCGUGAUGGAGGACCUGCACAACUUCGGCUACUUCUACGGUCUCACGCUGCUCGCCUGGCGAGAGAACUUCCUUGCCCACUGGAACAACUCCCCGGAGAGUGGCAAGACGCACGCGGACGUGUUCUUUCGUAUGUUCUACUACUACCUCAGCAGCAGCGCCGGUGCCUUCGCGGCGCGCGAUCUGCAGCUGUGGCAGAUUGUGUUGAGUCCGCACGGUGUGCCUGGCUAUGCGAAUGUGUACCGUCCGUAA